AACGUUGGUAGAGGCGGUCAACAAAAGGGAACCUGAAGGGAGACGAGGCAGCAUGCGCUCGUCGUAUGAUCUGACCUGAACGCAUGUUUGAAAAAUUAAAUUAGUGUAUGAUACCGUUGUCUCCGAUUAUAACAGUAAAAUAAACAACUAAGGAUUAAACAUACUAUCGCAAAAUAUGUUUCUUUCAACGUCACCCGUAAAUAAAUAAUCAUAACUCGUUUCCGGAUUCAAAAUUGUGGCAUGACCAACUCCUGGUUUUCGCCCUGCCUGCCUGUGAUGCUGUCGUCUGUCUGGCUCUUCGUGCAGGCCAUAAAAACACCCACUAAAACACGUGGGCCGGGUAGUGUGAAGAUAUCCGGUUUGUAGGCUGCAUUGAAAGCCAGUCACUCCAGGCUGCCUCCGCAAUGGUGAACCGAGCCAGCUAUAUCCUGGGCAAAAACUUUGGACUGCAUUAUUGUUCUGCUGGCAUACAGUGGGAGUGGCCUACUAGCCUUUUAACACCAAAAUUGCUGCUCAGGAAGGGAGCCUUGAUGUGGGCAGUAUGAGUAAGACGCCCCCCACCAGAAGAGGGAUAUCAUUUGAGGUGGGAGCUCAGCUUGAGGCCAGAGACAGCCUCAAAAACUGGUAUGCUGCCAACAUAGAGAAGAUUGACUACGAAGGUGAAAAAGUGCUUAUCCAUUACCGGCAGUGGAGCCACCGUUACGACGAGUGGUUUGACUGGACAAGUCCAUACCUGAGACCUGUAGAGAGGGUACAGCUGAGGCGACAGGGCUUGCAGGACGACGCUCCUGUACCUGUAAGUUACGGCUUUCAUGUGAAUGACAAGGUCCUUGCCAGCUGGUCUGACUGCCGUUUCUACCCCGCUAAGGUCAUUUCGGUCAAUAAAAAUGCAUCCUACACUGUGAAGUUCUAUGAUGGUGUUAUACAGACAGUGAAGGGAAUACACGUGAAGCCUUUUAUUAAAGAGAGAGGUGGUGUUGGUGGAGGGAAGUCUCGGUCCACUGAAAGGAACAUGGUUAGAAGGUGCCCAAACCGCAGAGACAGGAGGCCUCAGGAGAACGGAGGUCCCAAGAACAAGCGAGCCAGACGCAGCACCUCCGACCAAGAGGAGGACAGCAACAGUGAGGACGAAGAGCGUGAAGAAACAAUGGUUAAUGAGAAAAACAAGAAAAUAAAUGGUGAGGUAGAGGCUGCAGCCACUGUCAAACAGGAGGAGGAAAUAUCAGAGCAAGCAGACCAGAACAAGCACAGGGAUGCAGAAAAGGGGGCUGGACUCACAAAUGGGGUGAAAGUAGAAGACGACGAUGAGCAGAAUGAGGAAAGAUGCCACAUAAAUGGAGACGUGAAAAAGGAAGAGGAGGAACUAGAGCAGAGUGAAACAAAGCCAUAUACAGAGUCACCUAAGCCAUACGCUGAGUUGCCCGCUCAAACGUCAGCACAAACGGAGCAGGUGUCGGUCACUAUGACAACCACAGAAUCCAAUGGCGAUGUGGAGCAGAAGCCAAACGUCCAAUCAGAAAGCCCUCAGCCAGCAGCAGAUGUGCCACCUCCCCAGCCUGUGAAACCGGUAAGGAAGCAGGGCUUCCACAACCCCAACAGAUUCAGCAGAGAACCAUUGUACCGGGUUAUCAAAAACCAACCUCCCCCUGUCCUGUCCAUCAACCUCGACCACAACCCGUUUAAGUGCAGCGCUCCUGGCUGUACAAAGUCAUUCCGUAAGGCCAAGCUGCUGCACUACCACAUGAAGUAUUAUCAUGGUGAGGAGCAGCCUCUGGAGGGUGAGCGCAGCCCCACCAGGAGUGUCCAGACCAGAGCCUCUGAGAAACAGGUUACUGGCACCUGUUUGGACGGCCCCAAGAGAAGGCGCACUAUCUCUGCCUCUAUGCACUCUGUUGGAGCUGCCGCAGCUCCCCGUGGGGAGGUGAAGACUGCUGGUAGGCGCACAUCGGCACCACCUUUAGUCAGCACCCAGGGCCAUCAGCAGAGGGCACUGCUGAGGGAGAAGAGCAAGGAGAACCAGCUGGACAGAAAUGGAUGCCAGCAGCAGGACAAGGACCUGGACAAAAGUUGCUUUGACAUUGGGUCAGUUAAAGACAAACUGAAAGAGAAACCAAAGCAGAAGGACUUCCUCCGGAUUAAACUAAAGAAGAAGAAAAAGAAAAAGAAGGCCAAGUCUGACUACACAGGUAGUGAGGAGAAUAUUGACAUCUCUGUAUUGGGUCUUCAGUCCAAAUUGAAUUUGCCACUCAAAUACCCCCUCUCACACAAUCACAAGCCUGAGGCCUACCCCAGCAGGCCCGGAUACAGCUACUCAGAGCAGAUACAUGUGGAUGAUGAUGAUAGCAUCAGUGACUGGUCCACUGACAGUUGUGGGUGGAGCGACGAUGAAUUUGGGGGAGAUUUGGACUUCACCACGCCUCCACUGAGUGUGGACUCUGGUGCCGUGGACACAAGUGACCAGGAAAUAGUGAGAUGUAUCUGUGAGGUGGAGGAAGAGAAUGACUUCAUGAUUCAGUGUGAAGAUUGUUUGUGCUGGCAACAUGGCACCUGCAUGGGCCUGCUGGAAGACAAUGUUCCAGACAGAUACACUUGCUACAUCUGCAGAGACCCACCAGGUCAGAGGCAGAGUCUGCGCUACUGGUAUGAUCGCGAGUGGUUGAGCAAUGGCCACAUGUAUGGCCUGUCCUUCCUGGAGGAGAACUACUCCCACCAAAAUGCCAAGAAGAUCACCACCACCCACCAGCUGCUGGGAGAUGUGCACCACCUGGUAGAGGUCCUCAAUGGACUGCAGCUCAAGAUGAGCGUCCUUCAGAGCAAUACUCACCCUGACUUGCAGCUGUGGCGGCAGCCCUGGAAGCAUUUAGAGCGGUCCCGGGCCUGCUCUGACUCGUGUCGUGGAAGUGAUGCAGCUCCAUCCCCUGUGACACCUGAUGAGGACAUGAGCCGAGGAGAGAUUUUAAUGUCCAACGCCCUGGAGAAGCUGAGCCGGGCUGCCACAGCUGCCACCUCCUCUUCGUCCUGCUCUUCCUCCCCCUUCCCAUCCUUCCAGGACUCAUACAUUACCAGUGAACAUUGCUAUCAGAAACCACGGGCAUAUUACCCGGCGGUGGAGCAGAGGCUGGUGGUGGAGACCCGACAGGGCUCCGAGCUGGAGGACAGUAUGAGGAGCACUGAGGAACUGUUGGAGCGGGAGCAGCGCUAUGGAAGCCUGCUGGAGACAGACAAGCCUAAAGCAACUGGCACCAGUUACAAGGCUUCAUUUGGUGGCUCUUGGUCUCAGGCUGAGACGAAGGAAGAGGCGGGAAGAGAUUCUGCAGAUGCUACAGAUGAUAACAGCAUGCAGCAUCAACAGAGGCAGAUCAACCUGCUGGAUCACAUCGAUGCAGUUCAGGAUGAGGUCUCACACAGGAUGGACUUCAUUGAAAGGGAGCUGGAUGUGCUGGAGAGCUGGCUGGACUACACUGGGGAACUGGAACCCCCGGAACCCCUGGCCCGUCUGCCUCAGCUCAAACACCGCAUGAAGCGGCUGCUGACACAGCUGGGCAAGGUGCAGCAGAUUGCCCUGUACAGUUCCACAUGAGGGCGCCAGAGAACGGCAGUGGCCACAGUCCACAUAGCAUGCAGAUAAAGUGCAGCGGAGGAAGCUCACUGGUCUCUGGCUGCGAAGAUAACAAUUUUAAUGCAAGUGCAAGACUCGGAUUGUAUAGCACAUUCAUCUGCUGCUGUUUUUCCUCCUGAAAAGGUUCUGUGCGGUGGAAUCCGAUGCAAUGGCCAGCCAGUGUCAUAUAUGAGAAUUUUAUAUGAACAUUUAUGGAAAGUCAGCAUCUUAAAUCAGGAUUAAACACAAAAAGUAACCUCGUAAAUGCAGGAGAAAAUCCUUAGGACCAGAUUACACUUCUAUGGUUCCCAUGCAACUCUAAACCUUAUGAAUGCCUUUUGUCUGAGCUACUGCUUAAGGUCGCCCUGUCUCUCAGUACACAGUGCUUUACAUGCAGAAGCUUUAUAUUUCAUAUUUCAAAUUGCAAUUGAGUUCCUGAACCUACAUGGCCUCUUUGCAAUAGUUUUUUGAACUUCAUUUCAAAUGGGUCACUGUUUUUUACAUUUUACCCAAAGCUCAGUUCUGGUCACGUGUCCUGCCAUACUACAUUAAAACUCUCACUGUACAAGCAGUUUCUACAAAUAAUUUGUUCUGUUCUUGAUCUACCCCAAGGUUUUUGUUUUAUACUACACUGUGAAGUUAUUUUUGUCUGGAAUCAAAGGCAACUUAUUUUCAAGUGUGAUUUCUUUUUUUGUCUUCAAUUGUAAUGCUUCUUUCCUUACAGCUUUAUCAGUUAUUUUUUGUGUUUGUCAGUUGCUCGUUCCCUUAUUUCAAUUUCCUCUUUGCAUUGUUGUUGCUGUAGCACUUGACUUAUGAUUCACUGAAAACUGUAACGUGGACUUGUCUUUUCUUAAACUAGCAUCUUGUGUGCUUUGUCAGUGACAGAUACUACUUAGACCUGUAAAUUUCUUUUUUUUCUGUUCUGUUUAAUCUGUUUAUUUACAGUAUUUUGGUUUGUAAAUAUGUUACUCAGAAAUGUGCUCUUCUGUAUUGAAAAAAUCUCCAAAAUCUUAUAUUGUAUGCUACUGUACUGUAAGUGUCUGGCUUAGAAGCAGGGAAAUGUCCAAAACAAUGCAAACAGAUUUGCUGGUACAUAAAUAAACUCUCAUUGUUAUUACUCACCAUGGA